UAACCAAUCUACCUCUUCACUCUGUGAACCAUUUUGUGUCUAUUUAUGUGAUAUCAAGGCGUCUCUCUGUGGUUAGGUUUUUUUACAAUGGAGGCGGACAAAAAGGAGGAAGAAACUGUCAUUAGUGAAAGUGAACCCGAUGACAAUUAUGAUCCACAUGAGCAUCGGCAGACAAAAUCGCCCACAAAUAACUUUGAGACCUUAGUGCAUCUGCUUAAAUGCAGUAUAGGCACUGGCAUCCUGGCGAUGCCCCAGGCCUUUGUAAACUCUGGUCUCAUCACUGGAGCGAUCGCCACACUCAUCAUUGGUGUCAUUAUCACACACUGUCUUCACGUGUUGGUUAAGUCACAAUAUAUUUUGUGCAAACGCAAGAGAGUUCCGCUGCUCACAUAUUCAGAAUCCAUGGUUGUGGCAUGCAAGAUUGGUCCCAAACCGCUAAGGGGGCUAUCACGUGGCGCCGCAAUCAUGACUGACGUCUUUCUUGUCGUGUACCAGCUCGGUAUCGGUUGUGUGUACUUUCUGUUCAUCGCCAAGAACAAUAAAAUGCUAAUCGAUCCGUACUACGUGUUGUCAUUCCCAAUCCAUAUGGUGAUUAUUCUGGGUCCAUUGAUUGCGAUCAACUGCAUACCAAAUCUCAAAGCCUUAGCGCCAUUCUCGGUCGUGGCGAACAUCUUGACAUUUAUUGGCCUUGGGAUAGUACUUUAUUACCUCGUAGCUGGUACAAAGACGACUAAACCGCUGGAUUACUGGGGUUCAAUAAGCACGUUCCCUCUAUUUUUUGGUACUGUCUUAUUUGCCCUUACGGCUGUUGGUGUGGUUAUUGCAUUGGAAAACAAUAUGAAAACACCGAAAGCGUUUGGUAAACCAUUCGGCGUUCUCAACAUCGGCAUGUGUUCCGUCACGGCCAUCUACUUUCUACUAGGCGCACUGGGAUACGUAUACUGCGGCCAGGACUGCCACGAUUCCAUUACGCUUGACCUUCCUCAUGACCACAAAGCAACGAAGGUCGCGUUAGUGGCGUACGUAAUCGCUAUAUUCAUCAGUUACGCGCUGCAAUGCUAUGUGCCAGUGGAUAUCUUGUGGAACCAGUACCUUAAGCCAAAGUUACAAGCAAGAGGCUGCAAGCAUUUGAAACUCUGGGAGUAUGUACUGCGCAUAGCACUUUGCUUCUUGACAUUUUCUCUAGCGAUAUCAGUACCAGCAUUGGGCCUGUUCAUAUCGCUAUUCGGAGCUGUAUGUCUCUCAGCGCUGGGACUGAUCUUCCCUGCGUUCAUGGAGAUCUGCGCCAGUUUGCCCAAAAAUUUCGGACCAAUGCGGCUCAAGCUGGUUAAAGAUAUUGUGAUCAUGAUCAUCGGUGUUAUCGGCUUGUUCGCUGGUGGCAUUACUACUAUUUAUGCAAUUAUUCAAACCUUUAUGUAAAAGAUUAGCCCUCGCGUUGACUACGCGUAGUCAGGUGAAAACUACAACGAGCUUUGACGCUUUCGACUGAUUUGGACUGAGCGACGUUAUCAGCUUUUGGUUAUAUGAGUGUAUGUAUGUAUAGAUAUUUGGGUAUAUCGUUUCGAAUGCACAAGCUUGCUUGUUAUUGAAAAAGUUGUUAUAAUUUUAUAUUUCAAUGUUAAAGAAUCUUAUUUUAAGGGAGUUUCACAUUUGGUAACAAUUGUUUCUUCUCCCAGCUCAAACAACAUGAAAUGUAUGACGAUGUAAUUUAUAUAAGGGUCUUCUGUGGAGUUCACUUUUUAAAUCUUUUUCUAUUUCGAAUAAAGUGUUGCUGCUGUCUUUAAAUUGUGUAUGAUAUGUUAACUUAAAGCUCCAAUGAUUGUGGUAUACUUGAAAAAUAAAUUACCUAGCAUUUUUAUUUGAUAUUGUUUAGGGGUUAAAUACCGCUGCUCCAAUGCGGGUUGGAGACUUCAUAGGUCUCACAAGAUUAUUUGUACGGCUCUUAUAGCAAGUGAGUACUUAGUAAUUAUGACACUUUAGAUCUAUAUCAACCCAUUUACGUACCACUGUUGGGCAUUUGAGAUCGCAGUAUUCCAAAUGAGAUUGUGAUACAUCACUUACUUUUGCACCUUGCGAAUGCAGCAAAAUUGUUUUCAAAUACAAAAGUGUGUUAAUAGACAAGCGGUAAAAGCUAUGAUGUUGACUGUAAGAACAUCUAGUUAUUUUUUGGCUUAAGCCAAUAGUAUUAAACAGGUAGA